CUCUCAACACCAAAGACAAUUGUCUCCGUAGUUAGUAAACCUGCAGAGCGAGCAGUCAUGAGGAGCAGUUGUCUGAUUGCGUGCAUUACAUUGCUGAUCUUGUGUUCGAGUCCUGCCAAUGGCCAACUGAGCUCGACAUUUUACGAUAAAACUUGUCCUAAGGCACUUUCCACGGUGAAAGCUGCGGUAAAAGCUGCAGUCGCCAAGGAGAAACGCAUGGGCGCAUCAUUGGUCCGCCUUCACUUUCACGACUGCUUCGUCAAUGGGUGUGAUGGGUCGAUACUGUUGGAUGAUUCGGCCAACAUAACGGGAGAGAAAACAGCCGGUCCUAAUGCCAAUUCUGCGAGAGGAUUCGACGUGAUAGACACCAUCAAGGCUCAAGUAGAAUCAGUUUGUAGUGGAGUUGUGUCUUGUGCUGACAUUCUCACCAUUGCUGCUCGUGAUUCUAUUGUGGAGCUGGGAGGACAAACAUGGACAGUACAGCUGGGAAGGAGAGAUGCAAGGGCUGCAAGUCUGAGUGGCGCAAAUAGCAAAAUCCCUGGUCCCGCAUCCAGCCUGAGUGCACUCAUCACAGCUUUUCGUAAUCAGGGCCUUUCUACCAAAGAUAUGGUAGCGCUUUCAGGAGCUCAUACAAUUGGUCAAGCAAGGUGCACCACAUUCAGAUCCCACAUCUACAAUGAAACCAAUAUCAACACCGCAUUCGCGACUUCUGUGAAAGCUAACUGCCCGAGGACUGGUGGUGACAACAACCUGUCUCCCCUAGAUGUUCAAACUCCCAUUGCCUUUGAUAACAACUACUACAAAAAUCUUCAAAGCCAGAGGGGACUUCUUCACUCUGACCAGGAACUAUUCAAUGGAGGAUCCACCAAUUCUCUGGUUACUUCCUAUGCUACGAAUCAAAAUACUUUCUUCCGUGAUUUUGCUACUGCCAUGGUCAAUAUGGCAAACAUCAAACCUCUUACCGGUACCAGUGGUGAAGUGCGCAAAAACUGUAGAAAGCCCAAUUAAAUUAAUCGUAUUCUCUAUGUUCGGUAGUAGAUUGGCGUGCAGCAAACUGGUUGGAUUUUUUAGAGGUCUUCAAGCUUUAUCAAGCACUAGCAGAAUAAACAAGCAUUGCACUACAAAACUUGUAGAAGCAGUUUGAUAUGAAUCGAUUGAAACUUGAAAGUAUAUGUAGAAGCAAUUUGAUACGAAUCGAUUGAAAUUUG